CGUCCCUCCUGAACCUUGUGAGCGCGAUUGGGUGAAGGACCCCAGGCCCCUCCUCUUCCUGAGGACCAUUGCCACUGCAGAUGGCACCUGCCAGGCUGCUCCGUUCUUUCUGUUCCUUGGAGAAGAUGCUUCUGUGCAGCUGUUCCUUCCAUGGGAUCCCCACGCCCUCCGUGCGGUGGUGGAUGGGAGGGGCCCCCGUGGGCGCGAACAGCGUGGAUGGCAGUGUCCAGGUGACGUCCACCAUUAUCGCCCCCUGGGCCAACAGCACCAUCCGCCUGACAGAGCAGCCAAAAAUGAGCACGAGCCUUCUCUGUGAGGGAAAGAACCAAAAUGGAACUCAUGCUUUGAGCAUCCUGCUGAUGCCAAGAAAGAGUUCUUUUCUUCCCCAGACUUUCAUGAGAGGGCUGAUCCAGGGCGUGAUCUGUGGAGCCAUUGCAGCUGCCCUUCUGUUCUUCUGUCUCAUCCCACUCAUAAUGAAACAUAUCAGAAGGAAUCUGGCAGAAAAAAAUGCAGCAGCCAAAGCAGAGAAGAGCUCAAAAGCCCGAGCAUGCCAAGAACCCAAGAUGUCUCUGAAGCCCAAGGAGCCAGAAAAAUCCACAAUCACUCCAUCUUCAGAGAGCCAGAUAUUGUCCACUAGGACUGGAAAUGCCCUGCUGCCCUCCUUAAACCCUGCACCAGGAGCUGAUGUCCCCUUGUGGAUAAAUCAUGCAGCUGUUAAAAUCCACCAAGCACCGCUUACCUUAAACUUCCAGAAAAAGCAAGGUAAACCAGAGCUCCUGAUGCCUAUGAAAAUUACGUGCCUACCUGCAGUCUCCAACAUCUGCAGGAUCACUAAAGUCCACAGACUCCUGGAGUCUGUAACAAACCCGGAUCCCAGGAGUCUCCUCAGCCCACAAAGCCCUCAAGCCCCCACCUGUCCCUCACACUGACUGGUUCGCCACUGAACAUGGUUACUCUGGGACCUCAGAAUCUUUGAAAGCAAACUCUAUGAUCUGUUGUUCGGGUUAAUCAGAAGAAAUAUGCUCUGGCCUGGGAUGGUGUAAAGGAAGGAAAAAUAAAUGUGAGACUGUGGUCCAGAAGUAGCUUUUGAGCCCCUACUGUAUGCC